GGAAAUCAGUGGAGUGGAGUCCUCUUCUCUCUCUCUAUCCACCUGCUUAGAAUCUCAAAUAUACACUUGUUGACACUAUGUAACCAACUUCUUUUCUAAGCUGGACAAACUGGAGUUUUAUCCAUGGCUGCCUGUAAGAGGUUGGCUUUCCCACUCCAAUCUCACCUUCCUGCUAGAUACCAACUUCAACACUUUCCAUCUUCAUUAAGAAGUGGAAUUCCUUGUUCUGCAAAAUUAUCAACUCUACAUGUGAUUUUAGAGGGAAGUGAAAAUGAAAUCCGGCAAAAGGAUGCAUUGAGAACUUAUGGAUGUUCUUGUGGAGACAAACGAAUAAUCACUGGAGACAUAUCUAACAAAGUUAAAGAGGGAAACGUUGGUAAAAAUAUACGAAGAAGUAAUCAUGAUGCAAAUGAACAAACGGCAGAAAUUGACACUUCUUCAGCUGCUGGCAACUCUUCAGAGCUAGGAUUGUUAUUGGAGAACCUUAAUGAAGUCGAAAGUAUUGUUUGUGAUGCAGACUUAGUCAGGCUGGAAAGAGAGAUUCUCGUUCACAUCCAAAGACUUGGGGCUCUUAAAUUAUUUCAUGCAUGUCUUUCAAGCACUGUCUCGACAUCAACUGCUACAGAAAAUGAAUUCCUUAGAGAUUGUUCGACGGAGUGUUUAGGCAAGAAACCAGAGAAUGAGAUAGUUGUCCACAGUGGGAAAAAGGAGCAGAGGAAAAUAAGAAGAGCUAUAGCUUCAGAAAAGGCUAGAAAGGCAAAAACGGCUCCAUUGUCAUACUCGAAAAGAAUGGCCAAAGUUAGAGUACCGUCAUUUUUGGUUCCCUCUGGUUUGUCGGGAAAUUUAGAUUCUACGCAGGCAGGGAAGAAAAGGAUUGUUAUUGCUAGCAAUGAAGCAGAAAUGUCCAGGGGAGUUAAGGAGUUUGCGGAGUUGGAAAGAAUACGAAGUCAAUUGGAAGAGGAAAGUGGCAAAGCAGCCAGUUAUGCCAAAUGGGCAGAAGCAGCCGGCAUUGAUCAGAAGGCAUUGCGACAACGACUGCAGUUUGGUUGGUAUUGCAGAGAUAAACUAAUAAAAAGUACGAGAUCUUUAGUCAUUUACUUGGCGAAGAACUACAGGGGAAUGGGAAUAGCCUUCGAUGAUCUACUUCAGGCUGGAAAUGUGGGUGUUCUUAGAGGUGCUGAGAGAUUUGACAAUGCAAGAGGAAAUCGGUUCUCAACUUAUGUUCAGUAUUGGAUAAAGAAAUCAAUAUUAACUUUGGUGGAACGACACUCUAGAGGAAUUCAAAUACCGGCGAGAUUGGAGAAGGUUAUUAGUCAAGUGAAGAAUGCGAAGAAAACAAUGUGUAGAAGAGAUGGGAAAUAUAUAGGAGAUGAUGAGAUAGCGGAAUUCACUGGUCUUCCAGUUGAUAAAGUCAGAUUGGCGAACAAGUGCGCUCGAGGUGUAGGUUCAAUUGACAAGGAAAUCGGCAUUGGAUGGCGCGUAAAAUUCAUGGAAGUCACACCAGACACAUCAAUAAUUUCGGCUAAUGAAAUUAUCACAAGACAACACAUGAGAAAAGACAUUCUCGAACUCUUAGAAGGUCUACACCCGAACGAAAAACUAGUACUGGUACAUCGAUACGGCUUGGAGGACGGUAAAUGCAAGUCACUCGAGGAAGUUGGGAGACUAUUCCAUGUGACCAAAGAAUGGAUCAGGAAAUUAGAGAAGGGAGCUUUGGCCAAAAUUACAACAGAAGACAUUCAAAAUGAAUUGAGAUAUUAUACACACUUGUAGAGUUGCAGUAAUCUGUUUUACUGCAGUUUUCUUUUUCUUUUUUUUCGUCUUUCUGCAACUUAGCAACAUAUUGAUUCUGUGUUCAUUCAAAUUGGUGUUAUAGAUUCAAAUUGGAAAUUUUAAAAGAUAUGUAUCUAAACAAUGGAGUUUAAUAUUUAUAUAUA